CGCUCGCGUCAGUCCAUCUCUAGAGUCCAACUCUGGCGCAUCUAGUCACCGAAUCAAACAAAUUUAAAUUACGAACUCUAAUUGAAAUUCAAAUUAAGAAAUAAAAUUUAAAUGAAGAACAGUUGAAACAAGUUUGUUAUGAUUUUAAGAAUGAUGAGUUUUUGUGUGUUUUUGUUUUUUUUAUUUAGUUUUAAUCAAGUGUUGUGUUAUGAAGUGCCCAAAGCGAAGUUAGAGGCGAUAUAUCCUAAAGGAUUAAGAGUUUCUAUACCAGAUGAUCACUACUCCAUAUUCGCUUUCCAUGGGAAGCUGAACGAGGAAAUGAAUGGUUUGGAAGCCGGUCAGUGGUCGAGAGACAUCACCAAACCCAAGAACGGAAGGUGGACCUUCAGGGACAGGAACGUCAAGCUGCACCUCGGAGACACCGUGUACUAUUGGACUUUCAUCAUUAAAGACGGACUAGGUUAUCGCGAGGAUAACGGACAAUGGACUGUCACUCGUUACGUCGACGAAGCCGGUAAUCCCGUCGGUCCAAAUGGUGAGCCCAUAACACCUCGCCCUGAAUCUCUACCUCCAGCCGCUGCGUCGCCCAUGGACAUUGAGGACAACGUGCAGUACCCCUGUGAGCUGUCAGUGUCCAAGGUCAACGUGCCAGGGUUUGUCUGUCAAGGGCAGCUUCUGUUCGAAGAUCACUUCAAUGCCAGCAUCGCAAAGGGAAAAGUUUGGACGCCUGAAAAUAAGUUUGUUGGAGAACCGGACUUUCCAUUCAACAUGUACCUGCAAGACACCAGCGUGACUGUGGAGGACGGGAAGCUCUCCAUCAAACCUGUCACCCUGGAGUCCAUCUACGGAGAGAACUUUGCUCGUCAGACCCUGGACAUCAAUGCAAGGUGACAUACAUUCUGAUACAACAUUUUAUU